AAGAAAAAAAACAAUAGUCAAAAAUGGCGGCCAAGUCAAAGAAGCGGCUGUCUAAAAUUGAAAAUAAGUUAUUAAAAUUAGAAAAAUUAGAAUUAAAAGAUGUAUUUUGUUCAAUUUGUCAAUCUAUUUUAAUAGAACCAGUAACCCUGCCGUGUUUUCAUGAUUUUUGUCAUCGAUGUUUUAAUGGCAGCAUAGAAAAUAAUGCUUUGUGUUGUCCUCUAUGUCGAUUACGAAUUGGAUCCUGGCUAAGAACAGCAACAAAACAAAAGAAUUUGGUGAACGUUGAACUUUGGAAUUUUAUUCAAUCGAAAUUUCCUCAAGAAAUUGAAAUUAAAACGAAAGGAGAAGAUAUCCAUUUGCCAGAAGAAACACCAUUGCCCCGUCUAAGUGAGCCUGGAGAAAUAAGGUCAGAAUAUGAGGCUGAACUGAGGCGGCUCAGAGAUGAGAGGGUUAGAUUAGAGCAAAAGCAUAUACAGGAGACUGAACUAUUAAUCAAGAAACUUCAAUCUGAUGAGGAAGAAGCCCAUAAAAAGUAUUUAGAGAACUUAAAACAAGAUGAACUGCUAGCACAACAAAUGCAGCAAGAUCAUGUUAAAGACAAUGUACCACCACCAAACACUCCUAGGAAACUAAAUGUUAAAGCAACAGCUGCAAAACCUAGACUUAAAGCUACUAAAAUUGAUAGUUAUUUAUCUAAAUUACAAGUACCCACCAAUAAAGAUAGUUCACAAAUAAAUAAUGAAGCUAAUGAUAACACCAGCACUGAUGGAUCCACUCCUAAAGCUCCAACAGUCAAGCCUAUGAAUGGAACUUCGCCAGAAAUGGUGCCAAGUUAUGGAAAACUAAUUAAAAGCUUUAUAGAUAAAAAAAAUAAACUUGGCCCUGGUUUAUGGAAUAAAGAAAAUGGAGAAAGUGUUAAAGAAAAGAAAGAAGACCCUAAAAGCACUGAUAAAGAAGUAAGCAAUUCAGAAGAUAAGGUGAAAUCAAAAAACUCAGUUCCUUCCCUCCUUGUGUCCUUGCCACUGCCAUACACUGGAAUACUACAACACAAAAUAAAUGCAGCUGAAAACAGAAACCUCGAAACUGGAAGUGUUGACUCUAUGCGACAAGAGUUGUGUUACUUCAAACCUAUUGAAUCAACUACACCAACAAGUUUCAACACAGGUAAAACCCUCCCGCUCCGCGUUCCAGGCGUGCGAGUGGACAAGGAGGCGUCGUCGUCACGUACGGAGCCUGUUCCAAGCCGUGCGCAGUAUUUGGAGGGACUUUGUCGCCUCAGAAAUAUGUCCUUAGCUAAAAACUUACCAUCUGCCUUUGUUAUUGCACUAAAUAUCCUUAAAGUUAAAAAGGAAAACCCCGGCAAAUGCGAGACAAACAGAUCAAAAAUAAAGAAAACUGCAUCAACCAGUCCUUGCGUUGCACCCCUGCCUAUCAAACGAAACAUUAAUAGAAAUAAACAAACUAUUCACAUUGAUGGCAUUGCUAAAUUGAAUAAUGAAACUAAUCUUAGACGCACUAGAUCUAUGGGAAGUAUUACAAAAGAUGAAAAUGAAACAACACCAAAAAAAGGCAAAAUGAAGCAGAGAAAAGUUUCAUCUGAGAGGAAGCCAUAUUUACGGAGUGAUUCCAAAAAGUCAAGUACCAAAAAGGAAUUAAACAGUCCACCAUUAAUUUCAGAAACAAUAAAUAACAAUAAGGUCAAUUUAGCUGUAAAAAAUUUGUCUAGUCCAUUAAAGAAUUGUGAUGUUAAGAAAAUACUACAAGAGCAGCUCAGAAUUGAAAAGUUGAUUGAACAGGAAAAGAAUGAUUUUGAAUUGGCGCGAAAGAUGGAAGCUGAGUGGAACGGCCGGAGGAAUCCUCGACGGUCCACCAUCAAACGCCAAGUGACCCUCAACUAUGCUCUCAGGCCCGCCAAAAAACUAAAGGUCUAAUGUAACUCCUUAGUCUUAUGAAAGCAUUUUUAGUUUAGACAAUUUAUGUGGUUGUUAAAUUAAUUUGUUUGUUAUUUUAUUUACAUCUGACAUCUGAAAGAUUCACUGUUAUUAGUUAGUUAGUAACAGAAAAGAAACCUCUCAGCUAUAUAUUUUAUUAUCAUAGUCAAUCCAAUUAAUUUUGUAUGACAGUGGCAAAAGUGCAUUGUAAAUAAGAAUGUACGAGCAGCGUCAUAUCAUAUCUUCAAAGUCGCUAUUUAUGAUUCUAUAAUUUAAAAUGUAUGCAGCUUCUAUUACUCACCGAUUACGUAUAUGUAAUGUAUAAGUAGGCAGAUUCUUCGGCUACCCAAACCUGUUGAUUGUAUUAAAAAGAAAAAUAUGAUUUUAUAGCACUAAAUGAAACACAUUAUACUAUUAUUACUUUGUUGCUUUCAUUCGAUGCUAUCAGAUUAGACAUUUGUGUUGGGUGUAUGUUAGAACUAAGAACAUCGUAAAAAUUGCUGACAAUACCUUUAUUAGUUUCAUCAAUCACAACAGAGAGUCUCUUUGAAAUAACAGAAGUAGAAUGCCAUUCAUUUUGGGAACCAUUUUUAUUUUGAAAUCAGAAUCAGAUGUUGAUUCAGAUAAGGUCGAGUCGAGAUCAAUUAGAUUCACUUGAAAUACUUAUAUAUUUAUGUGCGAUUGGAUUAGUAUGGACUUGGCAGUCAUAAAUUUAGGAAAUAUUUAAACUAUUCGGAAAUUUCAACUGGGUCAUAAUGUUUCUGUGCUAAGAUAAACUUAUAAAGGUAGCAUAUAUUAUAGGGUAUCAAAAUGUCUAAUCUCCAAUUAAUAAUAAUGUAAAAAUAUAUCCUAGUAUCCAUAACAAAAUAAUGUAGACGCAUUAUUGAAAUUAAUGUAAAUCGAAUUGAAGAAAUCCUCUAACUUACGUAAUCACUACAGCUAGAAACAGUUAUAACAUAAUAAAAAAGGCAUGGAUAUGGAUUAUAAUAACUUAUGUAAUAACAUUAUUUUAUACUUGUACUUACGUAAAUAUAAAGACUACGUAUAAAAUAAUGUUAUUUUGCUAUCGGUACCAGGGAGUAAAAUUACACACUUUGAUUUAAAUUUACUUUCAAUGCACGCUACUACAGAUGACGCCAAAAUUGGGCGAAAACUCGUUUUCUUAAAAGUAUUCGAAUUAAUAACAAACAAUGUGUGCAUGUGGGUUGAAGGCCUAUUCUUUUUCAAUUCAAGAGAUACACGAUUCAGUAAUAGAGUGUGUGCAACUACAGUGGAAGCGGGGCGGGCAACAGAAUCUGCUAGCGGGUAACACAAACAUACUUUUUGACUAGUCGAACCAACUGCGGACGGGGUGGGUGAGCGGAAACCGCAGUUAAAACUAAGCAAACGCUGACGCUGUUAUUGCAUACUAAGAGAUUGCCAGAACUCUUAAUUAUGACAUUACAGAUAAAAAGCGUCUAACCUUCGAUCUUAGUUCACACGCCAAAAAUAUGAAAUUCCAUAUUCAGGAUCCGUGAAUUUCUUUAAAACAUAAUAUUUUCUUAAUUAACUCCAUAUGUAGAUAACAAGUCUUGACGACUUUCUUCAGAAUUUACUAUUCAGAACCCAAGUUAGACCAUUAUAACCUUGUAAAUAAUUUCGCUGUAUGAGUCACCAGAAUGGGCCUUCAAUCCAUUUUAACACUUAAAAAUCCCAAGUACUUCAUAUUUUUUCUAUGGAACUUAAGUCAGCAGGAUAAAAAGGGAAACAAUUACUGUCUCAUGUUUUCGUAUUUAUGGCAGCAAUUAGGGUGAAAGCGCUCGCAAUAAUUUUUAUGGAAAUAAACGCUUUAAAAAAUGAUACAGCAUGAUAUCUAUUCAAGAUAUGCAUCAAUCUAUUAGAAUAUAACAUUAACUUGAUUCUGAAUAUCUGGAUUUCAAAGUGUUGUAUAAUGUAGAUAUCUUGUUCUCAGAUUCGAAAAAUAGGGAUGCUAUAUAUUAGUAUGUGAUUACUCGUCGACUACCGGCUGUUUGGCUAUUUGUAAGUAGACCCAUUAUCGCCUGGCUCUUUGACUGUAAAAGUUAGAAAGCUUUAUUGUAAUUGAUCGCUCGUAGUUAUUUCCCGCGUAUAGGUUUCAGAAAAAAAUGUUAUCUUAUCAGUAGACGCGGUCAGCGAUUUCGUCGAUGAUUCUCUUAUUUUCAUACUAUUAAUAAAACGGGUCAAGUGCGAGUCAAACUCGCAUUGUAAGUGUUCGUUCUGUUUAAUAACUGUAAUACAUGUAUUUUUUGUAAGAAAUACGCUAUGAAAAUAUACAAUUCUUUUGUA